AUGGCGCGAGGGCAAGCUGGUGGCACGCAGUCGAGCUCUGCUCGCGAUAUGAAGAUGUUUCUGAGCAACCGCAUGUGGUAUGAGCAUCGCUACGGUCUGGUGUCGGUGGCUGUUCUUGUGGCGGUAUUCGGACUCUGUAUUGAUUUGGACCGCGUUUUCCAUUCGGGUGAGCCCUGGGUGGUGCUCUGCUCAGGUCCAGACGAUGUUUUGCCCGAGGUUUUUGAUCAAGUGUCGCCUCGACUGGCGGGCAAGAGCUUUGUGGGCGUCCUGGACUGCAAGCAGAAGCUCCAAGGGUUGGGAAAGUCAGUGCUCAAACGUUACGGCAUCAAGAGGAGCAUCUCGCCGACAGUCUUCACGGUAGCUAAUGGGGAGAAACCCAAGCAAGUUUUUCUCAACCAUUUGCAGUCCCCUGCAGCACUGGCGAAACAUGUCAAGGCACGAACCAAGAAGAUCAUGCAGCAGGUACAGAACUCGGCACAACUGGAGUCUCGUUGUCUAUCGAGAUCUAGCUGCGUGCUGUUCCUGCGUGGCCAAAAGCUCCAAUUUUAUGAGAAGCAGUGGAUCGGAAAGCUUAUGCAUAAGCACCGUACGCUGAGUUUUGCUUGGAUCGAUUCGACGAGUUUGAAGCUGUCGCUUGAAAACAUGCUGCCAGAUGUUCAGCGUGGCGAGCAUCGCAUGGUGCUUUUCCGACGCCAGCGUGACUCGGAUACACGCAAGACGGUGCUAGCGGCAAAGGCGUACCGUGGUGGCGCGUUUGAUGCAGUAUCUCUGGGAACAUUUCUGGACAACUAUGCACAAGGAGAUCCGCUCAAGCCACUCACAAAGUCUCCUAAGGUCUUGCACCGAAAGAAGAAGACUCGGACUUCACAGUCAGAACAGGGAGAUAGAGAGAAUGGGCAUGCAAAGCAUCAGCUUUACAAUCGCCACAAAGGACACGAUGCAGGAGAGAAAAAGGGCGAUGACUAUUACUUUCCCCAACAUGUCGAACAAGAUGAAGAUGGAGCCAUGCGCUCAAUUGAAUUUGACGAUGUUGAUGGGGAAGAAAAUGUGCUGAACCUCGACGAUGAUGAGGAAUAG